AUUCAUUAGUGGCUCUCAAACUCCUCUUUGCAAGUGGACAAGUUUCAAGUUCCAUCUUUAACCUCACUCCCAUAGGGGUGGGCGUUCGGUCGGUUCGGUUUGAACCAAACCGAACUAGAGUAGUAUCGGUAUUCCGAUCCAUUGCCUGCGCCAACCGAAUUCGAACGGAAAUGUAUUUCGGUUCGGUUUGGCCGAACCGAAAUACAACUCGGUUCGGUUCAAUUUUUUUGGUCAGAACCGAAAAAACUGUUGCUGCCCUCCUUUAAUUGUUUUGCAUCUGCUGCCUGCUGGACUUUUUUCCUCUUAGCUGCUGUACAUUUUUUAUGCUACAAUUUAAAUUGACAAGUGGACAGGACAGUGAAUGGUGGAGCCUGGCGAGCCUGGUCUGCGGACGCGGCUACUGGAGGUCGGAGGAGACUGGAGACUGGAGUAUGGACGAUGGUCGGUAGGAUGUCGUGGCAAGUGAGUGGUGGCGGGCUGGCAGCGGGCGGAAGAGUAUGUGAAUGGGAGGCAGCGACGAUUCGCGGUUGGAGUGGGAGAGAGAUGGAUCGGAGAAGACUGGAGACGCGUCGGGCCGUCGCCGACGGGGAGCGACGAGUCGCGGUGGGAGCUCGGGUCGGGCUUAUGGCGACGCCGCAGCGGCUGUCUUUCUCUCCUUUCGAUUUCGGCUGGCGGCGGCUGCUAAGAGCUAGCUAGGGUUUUUUGGUCGAACUGCGAAGAGAAAAACGCAAAGGCAGAGAGCUUCGACUGUGCGAGUGCGACUGUGCGAGGCCGAGAGAUUUGGGAAUUGGGUCGUGUUUCGGUUGAAGCUUGUGAGGGAAUUGGGCCUAGAGCCACAUUUCGGAAUGGGCUCAGAGAGAGAGAGAGAGAGAGAGAGAGAGAGAGAGAGAGAGAGGAUGGACUCAUGGCUCAGGCCUCAGAGUUAGUGGGCUGGGUUGGAAAUUCGGAAUUCGGUCGGCAAAUCAGAAGUUUGGUUCGGUUCAAACGAUGAUGAUUUCCGAAAUAUAUGAUAUCUCCUUCCGAUUCCUGAACCUAACAAGCUUUAAUUCGGUUUCGGUCGGUUUUAGUUUGGUUCGGUUCGGUAAAACCGAACCGUAUGCCCACCCCUACACUCCCAUUCUACAACAUUUGUGUUCAUUUAUUAUCCGUUGGGUCUACAACUAUUGUCCAUAAGGUUUCAUCUAUUGUUCAUUGCAUUCCCUAUUACAACAAUUAUCUAUUACGUUUUCGUUUAUGAUCUUUCGCCCAAAUCAUUUCCUUGGACCACCAAUUCACAACCCAUCUCGAAACACUAUCGACGAAAUUAAUAUAUAAAAGCCAAGGUUGUGGGCUACUAUUCAUUAGUGGCUCUCACACGCCUCCUUGCAAGUGGACAAGUUUCAAGUUCCAUCUUUCACCUCACACUCCCAUUCUACAACCUUUGUGUUCAUUUAUUAUCCGUUGGGUCUACAACUAUUGUCCAUAAGAUUUCAUCUAUUGUUCAUUGCGUUUCCUAUUGCAACAAUUAUCUAUUACAUUUUCGUCCAUGAUCUUUCGCCCAAAUUAUCUCCUUGGACCACCAAUUCACAACCCAUCUCGAAACACUAUCGACGAAAUUAAUAUUAAUUAAUAUAUAAAAGCCAAGGUUGUGGGUUACUAUUCAUUAGUGGCUCUCACACUCCUCCUUGCAAGUGGACAAGUUUCAAGUUCCAUCUUUUACCCCACACUCCCAUUCUACAACCUUUGUGUGCAUUUAUUAUCCGUUGGGUCUACAACUAUUGUUCGUAAGGUUCAUCUAUUGUUCAUUGCGUUACAAUUAUCUAUUACGUUUUCGUCCAUGAUCUUUCGCCCAAAUUAUCUCCUUGGACCACCAAUUCACAACCAAUCUCGAAACACUAUCGACGAUAUCAUAAGUUGUCCUCUUCCACCGUUUGCCACGACCGCUACCGAAGAUCCAUACCAUAUCUCGAAAUACUUUAUUAAUUAAUAUAUUAAAGCCAAGGUUGUGGGUUACUAUUCAUUAGUGGCUCUCACACUCCUCCUUGCAAGUUGACAAGUUUCAAGUUCCAUCUCUUACCUCACACUCCCAUUCUACAACCAUUGUGUUAAUUUAUUAUCUGUUGGGUCUACAACUAUUGUCCAUAAGGUUUCAUCUGUUGUUCAUUGCGUUCCCUAUUGCAACAAUUAUUUAUUACGUUUUCGUCUAUGAUCUUUCGCCCAAAUCAUUUCCUUUUACCACCAAUUCACAACCCAUCUCGAAACACUAUCGGUGAAAUCAUAUUAAUUAAUUAAUAUAUUAAUUAAUUAAUUUAUAAAAGCUAAGGUUGUGAGUUACUAUUCAUUAGUGGCCCUCACACUCCUCCUUGCAAGUGAACAAGUUUCAAGUUCCAUCUUUUACCCCACACUCUCAUUCUAUAACCUUUGUGUUCAUUUAUUGUCAGUUGGGUCUGCAACUAUUAUCCAUAAGGUUUUAUCUAUUGUUCAUUGCGUUCCCUGUUGCAACAAUUAUCUAUUACGUUUUCGUCUAUGAUCUUUCGCCCAAAUAAUCUCCUUGGAACACCAAUUCACAACCCAUCUCGAAAUACUAUCGACGAAAUCAUAAGUUGUCCUCUUCCAACGUUUGCCACGACCGCUAUCGAAGAUCCAUACCAUAUCUCGGAAUAAUUUCGGUGGAAUCCU